GAUCUUGACUCUCUUAACCAAUGGAAAAGACGGUCGGACGGCAAAAGGGAGCCAAUAGUUAUCGCCGUUGCUGAGAGGCGGCAGCGGGCGGGUGACUGCUAGUUAGUUUGUGCUCGAGAUUAUUGUUAAGGUUGUAUGGUCUUACACUGCGGGUUCCAAUCCUUUUUUAUAGAAUAACACUAUCUAUAAAUGCAACUAAACAAACUGUGAAUAACAAAUAGCUACAUUAUGCUACAUGCAAAACACAUAUCAAAAACCAAAACGGCGCUUAUUUAUUUCGCUUGAAGGAAGACUGAAAUUGAUUCGAGAAGGCCGGUUUCGGAUGGGGUUCGGUUGGCGACGAUACUCUCCAUCUUGUCAAAUAAAGGAUGUGUAAAGAGAGAGGAGAGGGCCUGAAGAGGAGGGACAUUUCAAGGCAACUGAAACAAUAUCCAAUCAGCAAUGAACAAACUGGGGAAGGAGUUGCUUAGAAAGGGUUAAUAUACUGCACAGCAAUCUAUAAUAACUCCCCACCCCAACACCAUGGCUAACACAGUAGCCACCCUGGUCAUCAAAACGGAACUCCUGCCCAGCCAGUCCGCUGCCUCCCUCUCGCCUUUCCCCUCCCUGCUGACUGCGGGCGAGGAGGCCGAUGAGGACGGAGAGAGGGAGGAGGAGCAGCAGAUGGAGAAGGAGACUAGCCAGGUGGUGCUCACGGAGGUGGAGAUGGCCCCCGCUCCGGCCGCGCCCCAGAACCCGGAGCACCCCUUCCAGUGCCUGGACUGCGGGAAGACAUUCAAGUGGUCGUCCAGGUUGGCCCACCACCAGCGCAGCCACAACAACGAACGGCCGUACCGCUGCAACCUCUGCCCCAAGGCCUUCAAGGGCUCGUCCGCACUGCUCUAUCACCAGAGGUCACACUCUGGUGAAAAACCCUACAAGUGUGAAGACUGUGGAAAAGCUUUCAAACGCUCCUCACUCUUACAGGUCCACCGCAGUGUGCACACGGGCCUGCGCACGUUCCAGUGCCCCUACUGCCCCCUGACGUUCAAGUGGAGCUCGCACUACCAGUACCACCUGCGGCAGCACACGGGCGAGUGCCCGUACCCCUGCGACAGCUGCCCCAAGGCCUUCAAGAACUCCAGCAGCCUCCGGCGGCACAAGAACGUGCACCUGGGCCUAAAGCCCUACGUGUGCGCCGUGUGCACCAAGGCCUUCACGCAGUCCACCAACCUGCGGCAGCACAUGCGCAUCCACACCGGCGAGCGGCCCUACGUCUGCGGCGAGUGCGGCCGCUCCUUCACGCACUCCUCCAACCUGGCGCUGCACCGCAACUCGCACGCCGAGGGCAAGGCCAAGGGCGGCGGGAAGACGCCGGCCGCCGCCGCCGAGGCCGUCGCCGUGGGGAUGAGCGACGUGGUGGGGUUCGUCAGCCAGGAGGCCGGGGUGGGGGUGGAGGUGGGGGAGGUGUUCCUGUCGCAUCACGCCCCCGGCCAGGCCCAGACCCUCCUGCCGCAGCUGACGCUCAGCGCGGGGCCCGGCUCGGAGGGCGCGGGCCCCGGCUCGGAGGGCGCGGGCCCCGGCGUGCUGCUCUACAGCUGCGGCAGCUGCAGCCAGACCUUCGGCGCGCAGGCCGAGCUGGAGCAGCACCAGGCCCUGCACCUGGGCGUGCUGGGACAGGCCGGGGAGGCCGGGGCCGGGGAGGACGCGGGGCCCGAGGGCGGGGUGGGCCUGGUGGGGGCCGGGCCCCUGCUGGCGGACUUCGAGGAGGUGGUGGAGACGACCACGAUCUCGGAGAACGGGCACGGGGCGGCGGACCUCCUCGGGCUGGCCGGAGGCGCGGACGCAGGGGGGGCCCAGACGCAGGGCCAGUUCGACCUCCUGCAGAGCUUCAGCACCGUGGCACAGCUCCCGGCCUCCGCUGCCACGCCCGCAGCCGCUGCAGGAGGGGCGGGAGGGUCCACAGACUGCACGUACUGCGGCAAGAGCUUCAACACCAGCGGCAGGCUGAGCAGACACCUCACCCAGGCUCACUCCCUCUCGGCCUCUCAGUCGCGCUCCCAGUUCAGCUGCUCGGCGUGUGACCGCUCCUUCUCGCUGCUGUCGUCGCUGCUCACGCACCAGCACUCGCACACGCCGGAGCAGCGCCUGCUGGCGGAGGCGGAGGCGGAGAUCGUGUGCCCGCCCUCCCUGUCGCUGUCGCUGCCUCUGCCCGCCUCGCCCGCCGCCAAGCCCAGGGAGGGCGAGGAGGCCGAGCGCGAGAUCCACGUCAGCCUCAUCGCCGUGACGGAGGACGGGGAGCGCCCGCCGGCCAAGGGCAAGCGCGGGGCCCCCAAGGGCCAGAAGAGGGCAGGGGCCAACAGAGCCAGCGCCAGCAACAAUGAGAGGCCAUACCGCUGCUCAGAAUGUGGGAAGUCCUUCAAGGGCUCAUCAGGCCUGCGCUACCACAUGCGCGACCACACCGGGGAGAGGCCCUACCGCUGCACCGAGUGUGGGAAGAGCUUCAAGAGGUCCUCCCUGCUCUCCAUCCACCAGAGGGUCCAUACGGGUGUGCGGGCGUUCCAGUGCCCCUACUGCCCCCUGACGUUCAAGUGGAGCUCGCACUACCAGUACCACCUGCGGCAGCACACGGGCGAGCGGCCGUACGUGUGCCAGGAGUGCGGCAAGUCCUUCAAGAACACCAGCUGCCUGCGGCGGCACAGCCAGCUGCACUCGGGGCUGCGGCCCCACGCCUGCCCCAUCUGCGGCAAGUCCUUCUCGCAGACGUCCAACCUGAAGCAGCACGUGCGCACGCACUCGGGCGAGCGGCCCUUCCAGUGCGGCCAGUGCCACAAGAGCUUCACGCACUCCUCCAACCUGCAGCUGCACCUGCGCACCCACUCCUCCCGCAAGGACUUCAAGUGCCAGUUCUGUGGCAAGGAGUUCGUCAUGCACUCCUACCUGCAGCGGCACCUGCGGACGCACGGCACCGCGGCCAAGGACGGGGCCAAGGCCGCCAAAACCCUGGCCGUCGGGUCCGGCCCCAACCUCAUUUCCUUCACGGAGGGCGCGGGCAACUCCACCUUGAUUUUGUCCCCUCCGAAUUUGGACAUCCCUCCCAACACGUCCCAGAAUUACUUCAUGAUUCAGACUGCGACGGGGCUCCAGCUCAUACCCCUGUCUGCCCCGGCUCCGCCCCCGCCCCCGCCCCCGCCGCCUCCUCCCCCGCCCCCGCCACCCCAGUCUCAGAACUACUUCCUGGUGCAGUGUCAGUCCACAAACGGCGGUCAGCCCAGCUUCAUCCUGGUCCCCACCACGUCCAACCCCCCGGCUGCUGCGCCCCCCGCCCCGGACCCCCAACCCCUACCCCUGGUUCAGACCAUCCCGUCCCUGCAGCCGGUGUUGGGCCCCAGGCAAAGCCAGAUCCCCCAGUUCCAAACCAUACAGACGCAGUUCAUUCUUACAAACGCACCCACUCCAGCCCCAAGCCCUGCUGCCACCUCCAGUAUACUCGGCAAAACCAGCAGGACCAGGACCCCCAGACCCAGGCGUGCACGAAAACCCAAAGCUGUGCCCCAGAAAAUGGCCCCCACACCCUCAGUAACUGGACUGUCUAGCCAGCCUGGAGUUGUGUCAGUGUCGGCCACAAAUACCACAGUCGCUUUGACUACCUCCGCUGCGAGCACUUCCACAUCUUCUCUUGCUCCGGUCAGCUGCCUGUCAGCUGCCCCUCUUCCCUCUGUCCCUGUAACUCCUGUCCCCUACACUGCUCCCACCUCCUCUUGCGUGACUACAGAACCCCAAACUGUCUCUGCUUCCCCAGAGCCCCUCCCCUCUGACCCCACUCCCUGGGACGGGACCCCUCCCAGCACAGAGGAGAAGUGCUCCAACACCGAGCAGUUUGUUCUCUGCUUUGAGAAGGGGGCGGAGGAUGCUGGGAAGAAGGGCGGUCUGGGCACGGAGGGCGGGGAGUCAUACGUGCUGCAGUUCGGGGGGGAGAGGGACGGGACAGGAGGUGGGGAGGGCGAGUCGUUCGUCCUACGCUUCGAGACCAAGCAGGAGGAUGAAAGCGCGGCAGAGAAGGAGAAGGGAGGGAUGGUGUCCCUGAACCUGCUCCAGGAGUGGGCUGGAGAAAGGGGAGGAGAGAGCCAACCUGGGAUGGAGGGAGCGGUGGAGAGAGGAGGAGAGUCGUUCGUCCUUCACUUUAAGACGGAGCCAGGCAGAGAGGAAGAGAGCCUGCCCAGCAGCUCCUUCCCUGAGGCCCAGGGAGACGACCUGGGACUAGCCUGCCCACCCGCCCAGACUCUGGUUCCUCUGGACGGCCGGGAAUUGGUGUUCGAGCUCGGAGACGAGGCCAAAAUGGUGGACUCCGGGUCUGGAGAAAGGGUUCAGAUGAUUGCGCUAAUAGAAGGGGAGGGGGGCGGCCCGGGAACAGGGGACGGCUUUAGCGCGGCCGGUGGGGUGGUAGGAGAAGGCGCUGAGGCCAUGGAGGGCAUAUUUCAGCUGGAGGGAGGGGAGGGGAUAGUCAUCAUCGAGGUGAGCACCAGCAGCCUGAGAGAUGGAGAGAUGGACGGAGAGGGAGGCAUGGUGGGAAAGGGGGAGAGUGGGGGCGAGGAGGUGGAGAGAGAUACGGCGGGAGAGGGACCGUUGAAGCGCGACACGGAGGCUAGGUCCGUCGGGGAGCGAGAGGAGAACGGGGGGGAGGCGCAGACUGUUGGAGCAGAGCCUCAGUCCUCUCCUCAGUGUGACGGUCCUGUCUGAAAGCUGAAUACACCACCAGACGUGGUUCUCACAGGCAGAACAGCAGCCCCGAUGCAACGCACAGCACUGUCGGGUGUGUUCUGGAGGCAGACUAGGCGUCUGGCAGCUGCAGCUACAAACAUAGUUGGCAGAGAUCAUGCCUUCAUUUGAUAAUUAUCACAGACCUGUUUUUUUUGUUGUGUAUUACCUGAUUAACAAGCUUUCCUUUUACUUGAUUGCACCUAACAGCCCUGUGCUUUUUGCAUGAAAUCAUCAUAGCUCUCGGUUAAUAUUAAGUCUCCGUUCUCAUCAAAGUGAUCUUAUGUGAAAAGCACAAAUAUAGCCCCGCCACAUUAGAAAUGGUUAAACGGACUCACUUGCUGCGGUUGUCAAGCUUUUAAUCAUAAUCAAGUUCAGAACAUUUAUUAGCUUUAAAGUCAAGGUCUCUGCCUCUGUUUGUACCUCUCAUGCCUGUGUAUUCUGAGUGGGGCUAAGUGAGGGUGCUUGUGUAUGUACACUCAUAGAAAGGAGUCGAUGAGAAGUUGGCAUGAAUGAAAAAGAAUGGCCCAAAUUUUAGCACUCACAUCUGUGGGGUUUGUACAUAAAUUACAGACUUAGAAGACCGUAGACCAGGCUGAUGGUAUUUCAAAGAUUUGAUCGUGUUGAUUGUGUAUAAAGUGAACAUGACUUUUUUUUUUUUGUGAAUAUGAUACUCUUGUCUAUAUUUUGCUUGGAUUAAAUAUUAUUAUUGGUACAAGAUAAUAGUAAUAAUAAUAAAGCAACAGAUUAAUAACAAUG